ACAUGAUGAUGAUGAUUGAUUGAGCCACAGUCUCUGUAUCUCGUUCACAGAGGUGUGCGGGGGUUUACCCUGUUUUUUUGCCCAGAGAAGGAGCUCCUCUGUCUCUGUCAUCAUCAUGUGCUCACUGAGCGCAGGUGAACUGCAGAAGGUGGGUCCUCUGGUCACUUGAGAUGGUCUCGCGGUGCCAGCUGGGACACGGACAGUGACAGCCGAGCAGGUUUCCCGUAUCGGGCGCACAGUUUGUUUCCUGAUCAACGACGUUGAUUUCGCAUCAAGGAAAUGUUUCGGGCCGAAGGACUCAAGGAGCUGGGUGAGAGAAGAACGUGAGGAGAGCCUUGAGGGCCCAAAGUAUUUGGGAUUAUAGGCUUUUCCCAAACUGCUGCGGCUCAUUAGAUUACCACAGGGACGUGUUUCGCUGGGGAGCGGUGACUGGCACCCGGUCAGCGGGCGAGAAUGCACCGCGCUAUGAAAUGUAAGACGGUGUAAAAUACUCCUGCGCAAGCAGACAGAUUGCGGGGGAUUAACAGGAACUUUGGCACGUGUUAAUGAGCAGGAGGAAGACUAACAAGGUGAAGGAGUGCUGAAGCUGCUGAGGUGCCACGUUUGAGAUCCUGCAGACAGGAGGCAGAGGCAGAGGGAGGGCUCAGCGGGGAUUAUCCUGCAGGUGGCAGCUGAGGGUAGAAAACACAUGUUGCUCAUGGAGCUCCUGCUAAUAGGGAACUGAAGAGGAGGUCAGAGCGACAGACUGAGCGCAGAGGGCUGGACCACACUGCAUGGGUGUUGCUCCAUGUCGCCCGACGGCUAUUCCAGUGUAAAGACGAGAAACAAGGGAGUACACUGGUGCCUGUGCUGGAGAGCACAACCGUUCCUAAGUCACUUUGCUCCUAACUCGAAAGUCACUGAAAAUGUCAUCUCUGUAAACUCCUGUUUAAUGUCAAUUGUUGACUCAUCUCAUAACCAUUUAGGGUUCCUCAUCUUGUCACCCAGGUGUUGUGAUACGAUACGAUUGAACUUUAUCGUCAAAUUUCUCUAAAAUUAUUUACUCUGGUACAGGCAGGAGAUUUGUAAACCAUAUAAGUGAGGAAUUCAGUAAAAAGAAAUUGCCGGAUAAUGUUUCCAUCUUUGAAAAUCCGUAAGGGGAGCAUUCAUAGUGUGAGGAGCCCGUGUUCUCGCACUUGCUUUGCUGCGACAGUAGUAACAGAUACCAAGUUUUACAGUGUUCCGCUUCAGGUGAGCAGCUUCCUCAGGUGCAACACAGAAGAUCCCUCCAGGGACCUGAAGUCACAGCACUUCCUGAAAGCGGGAGGAUCAAUGCGCUCCUGCUUCUUUGUGAUUUCCCCCGUGUGUGAGUUACAGGUGAUACGCACCACCGGUUUCAUGAAGGGCCUCUAUACCGAGACGGAGAUGAAGUCAGAAAAUGUGAAGGACAAGGAGGCCAAGAUGCUUUUCCUGCAGAAGGCCAUUGAUGUGGUGAUGCUGACCAGCGGGGAGCCCCUGUCGACCAAGCCAGCGCGCAUCGCGGCUGGUCACGAACCCGAAAAGACCAAUGAGCUGCUGCAGGCCAUCGGCAGAUGCUGCCUCAACAAGCUGUCCAGCGAUGAGGCCGUCAAGAGGGUUCUGGCGGGAGACAGGCCCGACCCCAGGGGCAAGCCCAGCUCCCAGGACAAAGAGAACCGGGAGGGCCGGGACAGGAACCAGGCCCGAGAGGAAAGAAAGGAGGUCAAAGAGCGCAGUACCAGCCGAGAUGCAAAAGACUCGGACCCGCGUCACCUGGCAAGGGAUCGGGAUCGAGAGGACCGCAGGACAAAGAAGGACAGGCACAGGGACAGCGAUCGGUCGAAAGACAGGGAUCGAGACCGCAAUCAAACGAAAGACCGGGAUCCAUCGAAAGAUAGGGAUCGUGAUCGCAAUCAAACAAAAUACCAUGACCAGUCAAAAGACAGGGACCGUGACCACAAUCGUGCAAAUGACCGUGAUCACACCAAAGACAGAGUCCGUGACCACAGAAAAGAGGAAAAUGAGAGCAAGAGCCGAGAGAAGGAGAAGAACGGACGUAGAAGAAGGUGUCGAGACGACGAGCUGGAGAGGAGGGAGGAGGAGGAGGAGGAGGAGGAGGAGGAGGACCGAACCGGAGAACCGGAGCGGGAAACUGCAAAGGGAAGAAAGGGCAGAGGUGUGGAAGACAUGCAGAACGAGUCACCACUGGACCGGGUCAUCAGAAAUAAGCCAGCAGAUCAAGAGUACGUGGAGGCGUUGAGCCCAGCCAGGUUACCUCGGCCCACAUCGGCCAAAGGCCAGAGACAGCGAGCCCAGCCUGGAGCUCAGGAUGGGUCAGACGGUGAAGGAGGAGCUGAAAUACCUUCGGCAGCGAAACAAACCCAUGAAGGGACCCAGGACGCGGCGGAGGCCCUUCGACCGCAAACCUCUCAGAGCAGGAGGAUACCCCGCCCCAGCAGUGCCCGCCCUGCCCCUCCCCGGGUGAAGAGGCAGGAGAGCUACACUGAACCAGUCCUCCCAGAGAGGCUGGGCAGCAGCAAGUUGUCCGCAGCAGUGAUCGUGGAGGGGGCGGGGCUCUCGGACCAGGAGGAUGAUGAGCAGUUUGUGGUGGAGGAGUCGGCUGCCCCCCACCUCGAUGUGCCCCGACCAGAGACGGAGCCUGCAGUGGUUGUACAGGAUGAUGGCAGUCAUGGUGGACUUGUGAAAAAAAUUCUGGAAACCAAGAAAGACUAUGAAAGAGCGCCUUUGUCAUCAGCGCUGAACGACCAGGCAGAGAGACAGAGCCCCCUGUCGGAGGCGCGCUGGAAGGAGUGCGACCUGCUCUCCAGAGAGAUGGAUCGCCUGAGCGCCUCCGUCCAGGCAGUGUGUCGCAGCACUGUGCCGCUGGGCAGGAUCGUGAACUACCUCCAGGAAGAUGUGGACUCCAUGCAGGUGGAGCUGCAGGCCUGGCGUCGGGAGAACCAAGAGUACGUACAGGCCCUGCUGCAGGAGCAGAGGGUGACAGAGAGCACUGUGGAGCCCCUGAGGGCGGAGCUUUCACAGCUGGAGCAGCUCAUCAGAGACCAGCGGGACAAGAUCUGUACCAUCAAGUCCAGUAUACUCCUGAAUGAGGCCAAGAUCCAGAAGAUGGUGUCGGUCACGACCUCCUCGUCCCACUCGUGAGAGCAGCACGGUCCUCGGUCUCUUGCUCUGCGCUUCUAACUUUGCCCAUGGUUGUAUUCACACUGUCGGACUGCUUUCUUCACGUCCCCCUGCACUGUGGGCCUUUCCUGCUCUGAACCAGCAUUGUGCUGUGACCGCUGACCUCACGGACAUUCAGCUCAGGCUGGAGGACAUGGACCUGGACACUUGGACAGAUUUGUUUGUUUAUACAGAUUGCGAGACUCCCUCUACUGUAAAUGACUCAGUAUUCACAGCUAGAGAUCUGCACUUUGAGGACAGAGACAUGUCUGUGUCACUAGUAAUGCUAAAACUCAGAGUUCUUAUUUAUAUUAUUUAUAAUAAUAAUUGUUAAAAAAAACAAAAAAAUCUGAACUGUUGCGGCAGAUGAGGGACUACGCUUGUGUCCCUGAGCCCAAGCACCUCUGCACGUUACACACCAAGGGCUGGUCGAGCAUCGUUGACAAGUUGGGUGUGAAGUUGGAGGGACGGGUUCGAGUACUGAGCUCACUGGGACAAGCAGCACUUCAGCCCUUCGACCCGAUGCGUCAACUUUACUUGAAACCUUUUCUAAAGUGUGAAGCUGGACCUGUUCGCCACUGAAGAGAAGGCGCCUCUGUACCCUCUACACCUCAUCUCAAAGGGGAGUAGCAGGUAUCACUGAAGGCUGUUGGUUCCCUGUCCCACUCCCUGCUACUUGUGCUGAAUUACUCUAGUAGAACACAGUGCUGUAUAAAUGGGUCAAAUAAAAGCUAAGCAGCACAAUAAGACUAAUAAGAAAUUUUCCAGCAUUUCUGUUACACUUCCAGGAUAAGUAGGGAACACCUUGUAGCAUAGCAGUUAGAGUUGCUGCCUUUGGAUCCAAAGGUUAAAGGUUUGAAUCUCACCUGCACUUGUAGUUGCUACUACUUGUCCUAAAUUUGCUCCAGGAAAAAACCCCUGCCUGUAUAUAUGAGUAAAUAACUAAGGAGCGUAACACUGAGUUGCUUUGGAGAAAAGCGCCGGAUAAAUAAAGGAGCAAAUGUGAAAGCGCUGAA